AUGUUCCGCAGCCUGCGGGUGGCGGCGGCGCAGCGACCCCCGGGGGGCCCCCCCCGGCCGCCCCCCGCCGCCGGGCCCGCCGCCGAGGCGCUGGAGGCCCAGUUCAGCUGCCCCAUCUGCCUGGAGGUGUUCCACCGCGCCGUCGGCAUCGCGGGCUGCGGGCACACGUUCUGCGGGGAGUGCCUGCAGCCCUGCCUGCAGGUGCCCUCCCCGCUCUGCCCGCUCUGCCGCGCGCCCUUCGACCCCAAGAAGGUGGAGAAGGCUUCCAGCCUGGAGAAGCAGCUCUCGUCCUACAAAGCUCCCUGCCGAGGCUGCAGCAAGAAGGUGACCUUGGCCAAAAUGCGCUCCCAUGUCUCGUCCUGCACGAAGGUGCAGGAGCAGCUGGCCAGCUGCCCCAAGUUCGUCCCAGUCGUCCCCACGUCCCAGCCCAUCCCCAGCAACAUUCCCAAUCGCUCGACGUUCGUCUGCCCGUACUGUGGGGCCCGGAACCUGGACCAGCAGGAGCUGGUGAAGCACUGCAUGGAAAACCACCGCAACGACCCCAACAAAGUGGUGUGCCCAGUCUGCUCAGCCAUGCCCUGGGGGGACCCCAGCUACAAAAGCGCCAACUUCCUGCAGCACCUCCUGCACAGGCACAAGUUCUCCUAUGACACCUUCGUGGACUAUAACAUCGAUGAGGAGGCAGCACUGCAGGCUGCCCUGGCAUUGUCUCUCUCUGAGAACUGAGGCUGAUUGUGGAACAUCAGUCCGGGCCCCUCACCCCAUCUCCUGCACACUCCUUCCUACUGGAGACACCACCUGGAGCUCACCAACCCCUCCUGGAGACCUGCUGCCACCUCUCUUCCCUCUCCUCUCCGGGCAAAAUCCCUCCUUGUUUGAGAAAGUGGAGUCUCUGGAGCGAUAGCGCCAGACCUGGUGAGUGAGCAGAGACUGGGAGGAGAGAGGAGCCCUCGCUGGGUUGGGCGUUUCAUACCCGUGCACGGAGUAUAUCCCUGUAUCCAGAUCUAUUUAUUAUUAGAUGCUUCUGGGCACCACUUGGUCUUCACGCUCUCUUGCUGCGACUGAAUAGGUACGUACAACUGUGAGGUGUUUUAUGCAGAAGUGCCCUAGUUUGAAGCUGCAGCCUUCCACGUCCUGCUUGAAGAGGAAAACCAAAACAAAAGGGCACGGAGCGUCUUUUUAUGAACUCUCCAGAGCUCCUUCCAGAGACAUCCCAGUCUGUGCAGUCCCCCCCGUGCUGCAGGCUGGAGCUGCCUCCUUUGCCUGUGGCUGCUGGGCAGGCCGGGCUGAACGGCAGGGCGAGGCGGCUGCCCUGGUGUGCCCCCUGAUGGCUGCGGAGGAGGAGUCGGCGGGGACAGCGUCUGGGGAACCUCUCACCUUGCUCCUUUUGUACCGGGCUCUUGUGAUACUGGAGUUCUUGCCUUUUUCUACACGAAUCCGCGUGGCGCCUUUUCCAGGUUUUAUAGAGCGGGAACCGAAGCUGCUGCUCCUCACGCUGCAAUAUCGGGCACCAGGGACCAGAGUAUUUUUAUGGAACAUUAUUAAGAAAGUCUAUUUUUUAACAAAGAAAAACAAAACACAACACACAGACACAAAAAAAAAAAAAAGGAAGAAAAGGAAAAGAAAAAGAACCCCCCAAACAAACCAACGUGCUGCGGAUUUGAAAUCCUGUGGGAGGCAGACCCAGGGCCAGUGGGGCUCUGUGGGGGUGGUGGGGAGCACAUGGGUGUCCUCUUUGGUUGUUUCUGGGCUGUUCUUUGCCUUGACAUGUUUCUCCACAGGUGGGUGGUGAUGCAGAGAGGUCGGGUCAGAGCCAGCACCUCGCUGGGCUGCUUUUUGGAGGAGCAGCGUCACCACUUGUGCUCUCAGCCACUUGGUCAGCCGUGCUCUGAGCUGCUCCAGGACACGUGGUCGGGCUCAGGAUGGCUUAAAUCCCUGGAGACAGAGCCCUGUGAUGGCCCUGGAUGGACAGGGUGGGGUCUGGAGCAGUGGAUCCUCUCUGUGGAGGAGCAGGUGGGUUGGUUGUGGGGUGCUGGUGCUUGGUGCAGAGCUGCUGGGUUGUGGGUGUGCAGGAGGGAUGUCUGCCCGUGCGGGAUCUCAUCCCCACUGCCAGGCAUCUUGUCCCCCUGAAACAGGGGAUUGCAUCCUCCUGGGAAUAGGGCACAUCUGGGCAGAGAUUGAUCCAGGAGAUGCUCCUCAGUGUCCUGGUGACGGGUGCAGUUGUGUCCCCACACAAGGUGGUGCCUGGGCAGAAGGGACACCAUGGUUUGGAUUGGAAGGGGCCUCCAAGAUCAUCCAGUUGAAACCUCCUGCCAUGGGCAGGGACACCUCCCACUAGACCAGGUUGCUCCAAGCCCCAUCCAACCUGCCCUUGAACACUUCCAGGGAGGAGGCAUCCCUGGAAGAGAUAUCUUCUCAGCCCAAGGCUCUGGGUAAAGGAUCUGCAGGGAGGUGGUGAUACACCAUGAGACCUGCAGCCCCGCUGUGCCACUUUCCAGCAAGGGUUUGCAGGGAAGGGAUGUGGGAGAGCAAUCCUUCUGUGUCCUUGCUCAGGGAAGUGGUUUCUCCCAGACCUGGCUCCAGCGCUGCUCUAGCAAUAGUAUCUCGUUUUGUACUUUGAUCUAAUCAGUACUGGGUGUUCUGGGGGGCUGGGAGCUCCCACGUGCCACCUGCAGCCCUACAAGGAGAGACCCUCCACUCCCCUCCCUCGAGCUGGGCUAGCGGGGGGACGCAGGGUCUUCCUGCACCAACACGGCAUGGCUGGCACCACAGCGUGUCCCUGGUGGGAUGGAGAGUGCUGGCAUCUCCCGAAAGGGACCCAGGAGGGUUUCCCUGUCCCAUCCUCAGCUGGGACACUUGGGUCCCUCCAUCAGAGCUCUCAGUUGCAGGCAGCUCCCUCCCUCGGGGACAGUGCUGUUAACCUCCUUCCUCCUCCUCCUCUUUGCCCCACGAUGCCGGAGCAGGGGCAGCAACAGCUGCUUUUGUAAAGCACUUUAAGGCCCAGGUGCUGCUCAGCAGCUCCUGCCUCUCCUCGCUUUGCACGGGGUGGGGUCCAGCUCUGCCCGUUGAUGUGUUCCCCCCAACUUCGUUUUGCAGAACUAGGACUUUUAACAAGAUGUACUGGGUUUUGGGUUUGUUGUUUUGUUUGGGUUUUUUUGCAGAAGAAUAAUCAAAAUCAAUGACUUCUUUGUAGCAACCCAUUUUUUCUCAAUAAAGGCAGUUUCGUCCA